AUGCUUCGCAGCGAUGCUUCCAACACGUCGUCACGACAGUUUUGGCAUCUUCUGAACUCCUUGGCUCGUGGCGCUCAAGGCGGCGCUCGAGUGUUCCAGGCACUGGAAGAGCUCCGCAGAAAGCAAGACGAACACUUCGCAGUUGAGCUGGACAGUGGACUUUAUCGCUUGGGGAUCAGUGCCUGUGGCUCUUCCAGGCUGUGGCAGCAUGCUUGCUGGCUUUUGAAGGUCAUGCCCCGGGCCCAAGUGCGACGCGAUGUGGCCACGUUCAGCGCAGCGAUGACCGCCUGCGGGAAAGGACCCGGCGGUAAAAGCCAUGGGACUGGGGAAACUCGACCUACAAUGACCCCUUUUCAACCAUCCCAACUGAUCGGCAAAUAUGCCAAGAUAUGCCAAGCACGUGGUCUGGGUUUGGACUUGCUGAUCAGCGCCAAACGACCACCGUCGUUCGGUCUAGUAAGAAAAAGACAAUCGAUUGAGGGGUCAGGGUUCUUUGAGAGGUGGUUUGUUGAGAUGUUCUGCAUUUUUCUCUUCUUCGCAUCGCAACAUGGUCCGCAUUUUUGUUUAUACUGA